ACUCACACUGCCAAUAGUUCUUGUUUAGAUUUCAAAUGCAGAACUUGUAACUCCCUUAACAGAUAGAACCACUUACAUCCAACGAACUACAAUCCACUUUUUCAACAACCAGUACCUAAGCGUACUCUUUUUGUCAGCUCUAACGUUCCGCCUUCAUCACCAUGGACAGCACCUUUGACACCGUGGACGCAUCUGGCUUUUUGGAAAUCUGGCAGCACUUUGAUGCUGAUGAUAAUGGUUACAUUGAAGGAAAAGAGCUGGAUGCAUUUUUUCGCCACCUGUUGAUGAAACUGAGUACCGGUAAUGAAGGCAAAAUAACUGAAGAGAUGGUUCAGAAACUGAAAAAGAGAUUUAUGUCAGCCUACGAUGCCACUGCCGACGGACGACUACAAAUCCAAGAGCUUGCAAAUAUGAUGCUACCAGAAGAGGAAAACUUCCUGCUACUUUUCAGACGGGAGACGCCACUUGAUAACAGCGUAGAGUUUAUGAGGAUUUGGCGCAAAUAUGAUGCUGACAGCAGUGGGUUUAUUUCAGCUGCAGAGCUCAAGAACUUCCUGCAGGAUCUGUUCCUACAGCACAAGAAGGUCAUUUCACCCAGCAAGCUGGACGAGUAUACUGACGCAAUGAUGCAAAUCUUUGACAAAAAUAAGGAUGGACGCUUGGACUUAAAUGAUUUAGCAAGAAUACUGGCUCUACAAGAAAACUUCCUGCUGCAGUUUAAAAUGGAUGCCUGUAGUAAGGAGGAUCGGAAACGGGACUUUGAGAAAAUGUUUGCGCACUAUGAUGUUAGUAAGACAGGUGCCUUAGAAGGGCCAGAAGUAGAUGGAUUUGUUAAAGACAUGAUGGAAUUAGUAAAGCCCAGUAUCAGUGGAAUUGAUUUGGAUAAGUUUCGCCAGAUUCUGCUCCGUCACUGCGAUGUAAACAAGGAUGGUAAAAUCCAGAAGAACGAGUUGGCGCUCUGCUUGGGAUUGAAAGUAAACCCAUAAAUGUGACUCGCUAGAUUCAAGACUAUUAUUGUGACACAGUGGAAAAUGAUAAUCUGUGCUGCAUGCUGUACUGUAUGGUGACACUUUUGACAGUAGUUUUAAAGAUGAUGGUCAACACUGUUGAAUGUGUGGUAUUUUCUUAGGUGUAUAAAGAAACUUGAGUAAAAUCUAUAUAUGCUUCCUUCAUCAUUGUAUUGCAACAAUAUCAAAUGCUUGUACAGAUGUUGGGCUAUUGUAAACUUGUGUAUCUAUUCAAAAUGGCCAUGCCUCAGGAACCCAACAACUAAGUUCCUGAUAAACUAGGUACUUACAGGUUGUGUAUCAGUAAAACCUCACCAAGAAUAUUGCACAAUACAGUGUCUAGUAUGAACCACAAGAGUGGAUGCUGAGAAAAGGCUAUAUAACCAAAAUGUGGCUGUCUUUGACGCAGGGUCUGAAUUGGAUAACUGUUGCAAAUGUAAAACUCUGUUAUUCUUUCACUAUAUUUAAUCAGCUAUUUCUGCCUCUGCUUUAUCUGAAUAAACAAAAAAACGUGUCACAAAAAAAAUGAUAUACCACCUUUGGAAAAUGGUAAAUGUGUCCUGAGUAUGUGAUAUUUGUAUGUCAAAAAUAAAAGCAAUACCUUACACACA